AUGAAUAUGUUGGAUGAUGAAGAUGACCAAAGCUUUCACGCUACGCGUGACGGCUACUCCCAUUUGAGCGAUGUCGAAUGGGAUGCAGUUGAACGAAUGGGUUCGACCAUGGGCAUCCAUGCUGUUAGCGUCAUGCUAGAGGCUCUCAAUAGAGAUGCCCAACAUGCUACUAUCGCCAAGUUCAUUCAAAAUGAACUUGACGCAGAACGCGAGAAAGUAGCCUUGCUUCACCAACAAGGUUCUCAACAAGCAGAGUUGUUGAGAGAACAAGGUGCUCAACAGUUUGAACUGUUGAGACAGCAGCAGGCUGCUGCUGGCGGGUCGAUGCACUCGCGUCGGCCCGAGACUUUGAAGAUUGACAUCUCAAAGUAUAGAGGGGUCGAAGAAGACUCCCUCUUGAGAUGGUUCGUCGAAUUGGAUGACGCCAUAAGGGCGCGUCGCAUCGACGACGGGGAUAUGCAAGUUGCAUUUGCCCAGUCAAAUCUGGCAGGACGUGCCAAGACUUGGGCACUGGGGCUCAAGCUGCACGACCCAUAUGCGUUUGGGUCGUUGGAAGUCUUCAAGUCGCGGCUCAGACAAACGUUUGAACCGCCUAGAGCUGAGUUCAGAGCUCGAACCGAACUCUUGAAGCUCAAGCAGGGUAAGCGUGAUGUGCACGCUUACGCUCAACAUAUACGACAUCUCACGAGUUGUAUAAGUUCCAAUCCGGUGGAUGAACACACGUUGGUUUCGGUGUUCAUGCAGGGUCUUGCGGAUGGUCCCGUCAAGACUCACCUGUUCCGGCUUGAACUAGAUUCACUAGAACAAGCCAUUUCCAUUGCGGAGCAGGAAGACUUCAGUCUGAGACAGGCUCGCGCCAGCUCGACAUCAUAUCGUCAACCGAGACGAUAUGACAACGGAGGUCCAGAGCCGAUGGAACUCUGUUAUGUAGAGAGCGAGAAGGCUCGCUCUACAGGCUACAAGAAGUUGCAGAGAUGCAACAGAUGUCAAAAGACAGGACACUACGCUUACGAGUGUAGUGCCCCUCGUCCAGUGUCUCGCGACACUGGGCGUAGUGACCGUCCACCCAUGAGAAAGGGGCAGGGACGAGGGUCCGCAGUUGGUGCAAAGACGCAACAACGGGAUGGACCGUCAAAAAACGGACAGGAUCAGUAG